AUGGAUGUAGGAAAUCAAACAGUUGCCUCAGAAUUCCUUCUCUUGGGACUCUCAGAAGAUCCAGACCUGCAGCCCCUCCUUUUCCGGCUUUUCCUGUCCAUGUACCUGGUCACCAUGCUUGGGAACCUUCUCAUCAUUCUCACUGUCAGCUCUGACUUCCACCUCCAUACCCCCCUGUACUUCUUCCUCUCCCACCUGUCUUUUUCUGAUAUAUUUCUCAAUUCCACCAUAGUUCCAAAAAUGCUGGUGAACCUCCAGACAGACAGCAAAAUCAUCACCUAUGCAGACUGCCUCACCCAGAUGUACUUUUCCUCAGUUUUUGGGUAUUUGGACAACUUACUCCUGACUGUGAUGGCUUUCGACAGGUUUGUGGCCAUCUGCCACCCCCUGCACGACACGAUCAUUAUGAAUCCCCACCCGAGUGCUCUGCUGGGUCUAGUCUCUUGGUCUCUCAGUGUCCUAGUCUCCCUCCUGCACAGUGUGAUGGUAUUGCAUCUCUCAUUCUGCACACACAGGGCAAUUCGGAACUUCUUCUGUGAAUUUGCUGCAGUGCUCAAGUCUGCCUGUUCGGAUGCUCUCAGCAUUUACAUCAUGCUGUAUUCUGUGACUGGAUUGCUGGGAAUUCCUUCACUUACUGGGAUCCUUUUCUCUUACACCAAGAUUAUUUCCUCUGUAUUGAAGAUGUCCUCAGCGGAGGGGAAGUACAAAGCUUUCUCCACCUGUGGGUCUCACUUAACAGUCAUUUCCUUACUCUAUGGGACAGGGUUAGGAGUGUAUCUCAGUUCUGCCUUCUUCCCCUCCACCUUGAAGUGGGUAAUUGCCUCAAUGAUGUACAUUGUGUUCAUCCCCAUGCUGAACCCCUGCAUCUAUAGCUUGAGGAAUUAG